GUAUAGCGUAUAGCGUAUAGUGAAGCGUAUAUACGUAGCGUAUAGUGGACAGUGCAGUGUGUGUGAUCGUGAUGGAUGAGAGGAAAAUUGAAAUAGUCAAUGGUGCGAGCAAAAGGGAGGAAUACGAGAAAAAACAAGAUGUAUGGUCCAGACUGCGAGGGGACGACUUCAGUCCCCUGGACUCCGCCAAGGCCCGCAACCUGCUGAACCUCUGCGUGGCCGAGAUGCUCGGCACAGCCACAUUCGUCGGCCUCGGUUGCAGCAGUCUCAUCGGCAACAUAGAAGGGACAGAGUCUCAUUUGAGUCAUCUCAACAUCGCCCUCACAUUCGCUUGCGGCAUCGCCCUCGUCGUCAUGGUAUUUGGCCAUGUUUCGGGAUGCCACGUCAACCCAGCUGUUUCCCUAUCAGCUGUUAUAUUCGGUAAUUUAUCUUUGCCAAGAUUCUUCCUUUACGUCAUCAGCCAAUGUCUGGGAGCGACUUUGGGAACAGCUGCAGUCAAGAUUAUCUCGCCUUGGUACUGCACGGAGGGCAGUUUCUGCGUGACCACCCCCACCCCCGCUGUAGGCACGUCGGCAGCGCUCCUAGCGGAGGCAAUGUGUACCGGUAUCCUGGUCUGGGCGGUCAACGCUGCUUGGGACCCGCGCUGUCAGGACAAGCAUGACUCUCUGCCUGUCAAGUUCGGACUGGUCAUCAUAGCCUUGGUCCUGCCUGGGGCUAAAUACUCAGGAGGCAGUAUGAACCCUGCGAGAAGUUUCGGACCCGCUCUACUCGCUGGAAACUUCACAGACCACUGGGUGUACUGGGUCGGCCCUCUGACGGGUUCCACCAUAGCUUCGCUUAUCUACAAGACCUUCUUAUCAGAGGUCAAACCCAAGGUCACACCCACCAGCCUGGAGGUUACAGAAGAAAUGCAACCCUUGUAAAGCACUUGGACUAAGGACUCAAGAUCUCACUGACAUGAAUUUAUUUUUAUAAAAUACAUUUUGACAAAUAAAUACUCUUAGUAAUUAGUCAUUGCAUUUAAACAUAUUUCAGAACAAACAUAGUUUGAUGUUGUUUCUUUAAUGAGGUAUAUGAAAGUGCGUUAUUACAUGGUGUGGUAUAAUUUAAAAUAAAAAUAAUCCUUGUAAUAUGUUGAAAAAUAUGUUAAGAAACAGUUAUAGAUGAAUGUAUUUCAUAUACAUGCCAAUAGUAUACUAUUUUUACUAUAUUAUAUUUUAGUUUAAUGCGGAAUGUACUAAAGUUGUAAAGUUCAUAAUUGUCUUAAGAUUAGUUUUGAUUAAAAUUAUAACAUAGAAACAUAAAGUUUGAUUGAAUUUAAAAGU